GGGACUCGGGCCCCCGGUUCCCGGGGUCGAACCCCGCGCCCUGUGGAUCGAGCCCCUCUUUCUCUGUCCUCGCCCCUCCUUCCGUUUUCGCAGGCGAGCGAUUCCGCAGUUGGUAGAAGGGUGCGUAAAACAAUUCUCGAGCAAAAGUGCUUCUCGUCUGCCGAGGAUGUAGCUCCAAAGUCAGACUCCUGGGGGACUCCUCGGGCUGGCUUUCGCCGUCGGGUAUCGGUUGUGUAACAGCUCUGCCCUAGUUAUCUCUUUGUGAGGCGAGGAUCCUUCCAUUGGCGAGCCGUUUUAAGGUGUCGUGAGAUCUUGUGUGAAGAAACCCAUUGGCAUAGCCAACACUGAAGCCCCCAAAGGGAGGAGAGUUGCUGGCCUGAAAUCAGCUGCUCUUAAAUAAGGAUCCCCGCCCCCUCCUGUGUUCCCCGGUGGAGCUAGUUGAAGACGAGUCCUCCUAUUCGUGUUAAUUUAGAGCAGAAGCAGCCAUCGAUAAAUACCAUGCCAUCUUCUAAGGGCACUGUGCGCCCCUGUUAAUAAGAGGAGCUCUUUGUUCUGUCCUUGGUGUGUGGUGCGUUCGUGAAAGUCUGCAGCACAUCGGCGAAAGAAGAUAACUUCUUCAUUGAAGCUGUGAAGAGUCAAGAGUCCAGAAUAAAGGAUAGGAAAUGGGCCUAUGGAGGAGAUAACAAAGGAAUCACCAGAAGAAUAGGAGAAAAAUGAGAGUUUUGAAAAUUGGAAAGAAAUUGUUUCUCCUUCCCAGGAAGUCAGGAUGGCCGAAUGGUCUAAAGCACUGUGUUCAGAGGAGGACUGCAACUUUUGAAGCUGAUAAAAGUGAUUUAAAUCUACCACCCAGCUAUAGUUGAAUCUACAAUCUGCUCAGGGAUUUAUACUCAAUGCCAAUUUGAUAUCAUGCUGGGAGGGACUGAUUGCAGAACCUUCUUGACAAGCCACAUAAAUCUAAAGAAAACGUUGUGUGACGUGAUCCUCAUGGUCCAGGAAAGAAAGAUACCUGCUCAUCGUGUUGUUCUUGCUGCAGCCAGUCAUUUUUUUAACUUAAUGUUCACAACUAACAUGCUUGAAUCAAAGUCCUUUGAAGUAGAACUCAAAGAUGCUGAACCUGAUAUUAUUGAACAACUGGUGGAAUUUGCUUAUACUGCUAGAAUUUCCGUGAAUAGCAACAAUGUUCAGUCUUUGUUGGAUGCAGCAAACCAAUAUCAGAUUGAACCUGUGAAGAAAAUGUGUGUUGAUUUUUUGAAAGAACAAGUUGAUGCUUCAAAUUGUCUUGGAGAAGCAGAAAAAGUUGAUCAGAGCCUUCCAGAGUGUGGUAUAAGUGUGCUAGCAGAGUGUCUAGAUUGUCCUGAAUUGAAAGCAACUGCAGAUGACUUUAUUCAUCAGCAUUUUACUGAAGUUUACAAAACUGAUGAAUUUCUUCAACUUGAUGUCAAGCGAGUAACACAUCUUCUCAACCAGGACACUCUGACUGUGAGAGCAGAGGAUCAGGUUUAUGAUGCUGCAGUCAGGUGGUUGAAAUAUGAUGAACCUAAUCGCCAGCCAUUUAUGGUUGAUAUCCUUGCUAAAGUCAGGUUUCCUCUUAUAUCAAAGAAUUUCUUAAGUAAAACGGUACAAGCUGAACCACUUAUUCAAGACAAUCCUGAAUGCCUUAAGAUGGUGAUAAGUGGAAUGAGGUACCAUCUACUGUCUCCAGAGGACCGAGAAGAACUUGUAGAUGGCACAAGACCUAGAAGAAAGAAACAUGACUACCGCAUAGCCCUAUUUGGAGGCUCUCAACCACAGUCUUGUAGAUAUUUUAACCCUAAGGAUUAUAGCUGGACAGACAUCCGCUGCCCCUUUGAAAAACGAAGAGAUGCAGCAUGCGUGUUUUGGGACAAUGUAGUAUACAUUUUGGGAGGCUCUCAGCUUUUCCCAAUAAAGCGAAUGGACUGCUAUAAUGUAGUGAAGGAUAGCUGGUAUUCGAAACUGGGUCCUCCGACGCCUCGAGACAGCCUCGCUGCAUGUGCUGCAGAAGGCAAAAUUUAUACAUCUGGAGGUUCAGAAGUAGGAAACUCAGCUCUGUAUUUAUUUGAGUGCUAUGAUACGAGAACUGAAAGCUGGCACACAAAGCCCAGCAUGCUGACCCAGCGCUGCAGCCAUGGGAUGGUGGAAGCCAAUGGCCUGAUCUAUGUUUGUGGUGGAAGUUUAGGAAAUAAUGUUUCUGGGAGAGUGCUUAAUUCCUGUGAAGUUUAUGAUCCUGCCACAGAAACAUGGACUGAGCUGUGUCCAAUGAUUGAAGCCAGGAAGAAUCAUGGGCUGGUAUUUGUAAAAGACAAGAUAUUUGCUGUGGGUGGUCAGAAUGGUUUAGGUGGUCUGGACAAUGUGGAGUAUUACGAUAUUAAGUUGAACGAAUGGAAGAUGGUCUCACCAAUGCCAUGGAAGGGUGUAACAGUGAAGUGUGCAGCAGUUGGCUCUAUAGUUUAUGUCUUGGCUGGUUUUCAGGGUGUUGGUCGAUUAGGACACAUUCUCGAAUAUAAUACCGAAACAGACAAAUGGGUUGCCAACUCCAAAGUUCGUGCUUUUCCAGUCACAAGUUGUUUAAUUUGUGUUGUCGAUACUUGUGGAGCAAAUGAAGAGACCCUUGAAACAUGAAAAAUAAGUGGACUUCAGACUCAUCAGAGACUCUAAAAUAUAGCCACCAGUGCUUUGUUCCAGGAGUUUGGUGACAAAGUUUUGGUUUGGUGUUUUGGUAAAGAAAGUUUCAAGGGAAAUAAGGUUCCUAUAAAAUAGAUGUUUCUUUUAUAUGGAUUUCCUUAAUUCAAAGAUCACAUUUUAGCUGGCCACAAGAUCAAGAACAUAUCUAGCAAGAAAACUUGAAAAAGUAUAAGCAUUUGUUAAAAAUAUGAAUUUCUUGAAUGAAUUUCACAUUUGUAACUAUGAUUUUGGCAGAAUGGAAGAUUGGCUCAUCAGUGAAGCACAGUUAUCUUAGCUCUAGAUUCUAUUUUCAUGCAUCACAGAAGUGCUAUGUGGUUAGGUCUGUUUGUGCUCAGUCAAGAACUAAGAAAUAGUAUGAAUUGUAAGUCAAGAUGGGCAACUCAGAUGGAGCAGCUUAGUCUCACAUAGUUUGCUUGUCUUUAUUUAUUUUAUUUAGUGCCAAAUGUAUUCCAUUUUAAAAGUAAGCCAGAGUGAGUCAAGGCAUAUACACACUUUCUCACAAAACUUCCUAAACAGAUUUGGGGGUUUAAUGUGUCCAAUUCCUCAUGAAAUAUAUUCAAUCCACUUAAAUGUAUUCCAUCUUUUUAACAUAAAAUGUAAAGCUUAGCACCCAUCAUUAAUUUAUGUCUCUGUUUUAUCCAGUGGUUAGAAAAGGAUUCUGCCUCUUUAGUCCUCACCGUUAAAUAAAAUCCAAUCAUAGUAAGUGAUUAACUAGCAAAAAGUAAAGCUAUUUAUAGCAAAUUUCUAGAUCAUUAGAAAAGCACUGGUAGUUGUACAAUAUCAGUGUUGACUUUGAACUUCUGUAAAGAGAUCAUGAAUUCUUUUCCCUUAGCCAAAACAUGAGAUAUUUAACCUAGUUGUCUCUAAAAGUUUUGUAAUCAUGAGUUAAAUAUAUGUCAUCUCCUAUUCAUUGCUUUUAUGUGAUCAAUAAAUCUUUUACAAACCCAACUACUCAUUUCCUUCCUAGUAAUACUUUGCCUUUUUUACUGUGUAUGGAAUGAACCAUGUAAAGCUGUCACCAUCACUGUUUUUAUCUGAUAAUAUUAAAUAUUUUUUAACUUAAAA